AUGGAGAAAGGAGGGCAGGAGGCAGCAGAUGACGACAACGAUGAGGAAGAAGAUGGUGAUGACACUGUAUUUGAAGCUGUUAUGGCCUGGACAAAGAGAGAUUUGGAUCAAAGAGGAGAUAAUUUACCAGAGUUGUUGACCAAAGUUCGUAUGCCACUUCUUACACCACAGUAUCUGACUGACAGGGUAGCAACUGAAAAUUUGAUUCGAUCAUCUCAUGAAUGCAGAGACCUGCUUGAUGAGGCCAAAGAUUAUCACUUGAUGCCAGAGCGUCGACCUCUUCUUCAGAGUUUCCGAACAAGACCAAGAUGUUGCAACGACAUUGUUGGGCUUAUAUAUGCAGUUGGCGGUCUUACUAAAUCAGGUGAUUCACUAAGCACAGUAGAGGUUUAUGACCCAAUUGUUGGACGUUGGCAAAUGGCAGAGAGUAUGUCGAUGCUUCGGUCAAGGGUAGGCGUAGUGGUUAUGAAGAAGAAAUUAUAUGCCAUUGGUGGAUACAAUGGCUUAGACAGAUUAGCAACAGUUGAAGUUUUUGACCCUAAUAGCAAAUGUUGGAGUAAAGUGUGUCCCAUGAACUGCAAAAGAAGUGCUGUGGGUGCUGCUGUUCUAAAUGACCAUCUUUAUGUUUGUGGUGGUUAUGAUGGUGUAGCUUCUUUAAAUACUGUUGAAUGUUAUAACAGUGACACAAAUAAAUGGGUCAUGGUCACUUCAAUGACCAAGCACCGUAGUGCAGCUGGAGUAGUCGCAUUUGAUGGACAUGUAUAUGCAAUAGGAGGACAUGAUGGACUUUCCAUAUUUGAUUCUGUUGAACGUUAUGAUCCCACAACUGGUCAGUGGACUCUUGUUACACCUAUGUUGAGUAAACGAUGUAGGCUUGGUGCUGCUACCUUGAAUGGAAAAUUAUAUGUUUGUGGAGGAUAUGAUGGCUCAACCUUUUUGAGGACAGUAGAGGUCUAUGAUCCAAUUACUAGCAGGUGGUCAUUUAUUGCUCCCAUGAAUGUGACACGCAGCCGAGUUGCACUAGUAGCUAAUAUGGGUCGUCUGUACGCUAUUGGAGGUUAUGAUGGAGUGUCAAACUUGUCUACUGUUGAAGUUUAUAAUCCAGAUCUUGAUCAGUGGGAAUUCAUCACCUCUAUGUGUGCUCAUGAAGGUGGUGUUGGAGUUGGUGUCAUUCCGCUUCCGUGAAUCUUUUGCUUAUAGCUGCUUACUGUGUAAGUGUUUAUGUACUUUAUUUUUUUGAUUUAUCAGAAAAGCUCAUUGUUUUGUAGAAAAAAAUGUAUACCUAAAUAUUAAAAUGUUGUUCGUAUUUCUAAACAUAUUUAGUCUGUAUAGCAUUUUAAUUGCAUUUAAACUGCAUUCACAAUACAGGCAGUCCCCGGUUAUCGGUGGGGGUUCCGUUCUCGGCAGGGUGCUGAUAAGCGAAAACCGCCAUUAACCAAAACUUGGUAAUUUAUGGCACUUAUGGCUCUGAUAUCCAGUUAAUGGCGCAUCUCUUAGGUAUGUUAUGGAGCCAAUAACCGGACUUGCUGUGUUAUGGUGCCAUCAUUCACCGAUUUAAUGGCGCUAGACUAGAGCCUUAAAACCAGAUCGCCAUUAACCGAGUCUGCUGAUAUAACUGGGGACUGCCUGUGUGUAGAAUUGUAAUACAGUGGUACCUCGUUUGUCGAACGUUUCUUUUGUUGAACAUUCCUUUUUUUAAACAAAAUUUUAAAGAAAAUUUUGUAUUGUUUGUCGAACAAAUGCUCGUACUUCAAACUGACCAAUUAUCUUGUUUAUACUUGUAUUCGACAGCCUAUUGCAUCCUACAAGUAAAACUAUUAACAUGUUUUUUCAAUUACAAUAUAUAGUUUAAUAACCAAAUUUGACAAAAAUAAAAAUACGGCAUUUCAAUAUAUAACCAUAAUCGACAAAAAUAAAAAUACAGCAUUUCAAUAUAAAAUUUAGUAUGAAAGAUGUACAAAAUUGUAUGAUACCACUGUGAUGUCACGCACAGCUGACUUGAGACUGAGCAAGAGAGCUUUUAUAUGUUGAGGAGAGAAGAGACAGUUAAAAUAUUACUAUAUGUAUGUAAAAGCAAUAGCAAUUCACAUAGAAAAGGGAAUGUCUCAAUAAAUUUAACAUAAUGCUAAAAUAUGAAAACAAUCAAAUGAAAUACAGAAACAACAAAAUAAGUCUUAAUUGAGCCAGAGUUCAGUGCACCGAGUGAGACGGUAUAGUUUAAUCAUAUUCAACAAAACAGUAAAUGGAAGAACAAAGCUUUUCACAGUUGAAUUUAGCAUAAACGAUUUUAAAAAAUCGUGCGUCAUUGUGGUGAUGCAAAGCCGAAUUGAGAUGGAGGGAGGGAGCAUUUAUAUUUUUGAGGAAUAAUGAAUUAAUGAUUUUAAAUUAUCAUGUGUUGUGAUAUUGUUGAGGAGAGAAGAGACAGUAAUAUCUGCAUUAUAAUAUGUACGGAAAAAGAGUACCAAUUCACAUAAAAAAAAAAUUUUAUUUCUUAAUAAAUUUUACAUAAUGAUUAAACAUGAAAACAAUCAAAUAGAAUAUAGUAAAAGAAUAAAAAAAAAUCUACUUGAACUGGUGUUCGGUGCACUGAGUGAGACGAUGGAGAGAAGAGAUGGAAGAAGGAGGUCUGCUUCCUACUGACUUACCAGCUGAACUGGGAUGAUUAGUAUUAACCCGUUUCUUUUCCUUACUGUCAAUAAGCCCAAAUCACUUCUUUUUGUUACAGUAAAAUACCUGUCUAGUGACAAUUGCUUUUUAUGAUUUUUUUCCACUAUAAAAGUAUCUCUGCUCCAUAAUUGACACACUGGUUCCGCAUUCAGCUUCUGCGUGCCUUUGAUUGUUUGUUUAAACGGCUUCCUUGUGAAAAGUUAUUUAAUCACUUUCCUUUCCUUGCAUUCUUUACUUAUUACUUAUUUCAGCAAACUCUUUAUGUUUAUUUUAAAUUCUGCCAUUUGCCAACAGUAAGUUGAUGUACUGUGACAUAAUUAAUCUCUUUCAUGCACUGAAGAUCCAAGUGUAAACACCUCAACAAUCAUUCACGCUGAUUACUCUCUCUCUCUCUCUCUCUCUCUCAGACAAACAGACACACAGACUAUCGAUUCCUUUGAUUAUCCUUGUAAAAUUUGAAAC